AAACAAACAAACAAACAAACAAUACGGCUGGUGAUUGUUCUAAGUUACAUCAUUGCGUUAACCUCCCCAGUUUGUUGUGCGACCAAAGUCCAAACAUAAAACAUUGACGGAGUUUACAACAAAACCCUCCAAACCCCAAAAUCUAUCUAUAUUGCACCAAACUUCACAACUUGGAUCUCACAUUAUAUACUUCACUUCACAACACAACUCUAUUGUUUUGUUUUGUUCCCAGCAAAAACCUCAACAUGGCCAUGGUUUUGAAGUCAACAAUGGCCGCUUCAAGCCUUGUAAGGCAAUCUAGUAUAUCUGGAAACCCUUCACUUGAUUUGAAUCAUCGUGUUUCAAAUCUUAGAUUUAAGGGAAAACAACAUGUUGUUAAGGUUAGAGCAACAGUGGAAGUGGGUGGUGUGGAGGAUUUAAAAAAAGAAGAAGCAAUGUUGCAUUGGAGGGAAAUUUGGGUUUGGAUAUGGUUUCAGAAGGAGAGUUAAUGGUGAAGGGUUUUAGAGGGUUGAGGAAGACAAAGCUUGUGUGUACUGUUGGUCCUGCUUGUAGUUCAUUGGAGGAUCUAGAGAAGUUGGCAUUGGGAGGAAUGAAUGUUGCUAGGCUUAAUAUGUGUCAUGGUACUAGAGAAUGGCACCGUGAUGUUAUUAGGAAGAUUAAGAAGCUUAAUGAGGAAAAGGGUUUCUCUGUUUCUGUUAUGAUUGAUACUGAAGGUAGUCAGAUUCAUGUUGUUGAUCAUGGAGCACCUUCCUCGGUUAAAGUUGAGGAAGAUUCAAUUUGGUUGUUUACUGCUGAAAAUUUUGUGGGUUCUCGACCAUUCACAGUUCAAGCAAACUAUCCAGGUUUUUCUGAAGGUAUUGAAGUAGGUGAUGAAAUUGUUAUAGAUGGUGGAAUGGCAUGCUUUGUUGUCAUUGAAAAAACUGGAAAUGAUUUGCGUUGUAAGUGCAUAGAUGCUGGUCUUUUCUUACCCAGAGCCAAAUGUAGUUUCUGGAGAGAUGGAAAGCUUGUCGGGAGGAAUUACAAGCUCCCCACUCUAUCAACAAAGGAUUGGGCAGAUAUAAACUUUGGUAUAGCUGAGGGUGUUGAUUUUUUUGCCCUAUCCUUUGUCAACCAUGCUGACUCUGUUAAGGAUUUAAAGAACUACCUCUCUGGAAAAUCAACCAAAUCCAUAAAAGUAUUGGCAAAGAUAGAAAGCUUAGAAUCCCUUCAUAAUCUGGAGGAAAUAGUGAAAGCGUCUGAUGGAAUCAUGGUAGCUCGAGGUGACCUUGGAGUCGAAAUACCACUUGAGCAGAUUCCUACAGUUCAGGAGGAUAUAAUUCACAUUUGCAGACAACAAAAUAAGCCAGUGAUUGUAGCUUCUCAGCUUCUUGAGUCAAUGAUUGAGUAUCCAACACCAACUCGUGCCGAGGUAGCAGAUAUUUCUGAAGCAGUUCGACAGUACGCGGAUGCUUUGAUGUUGUCUGGUGAGUCAGCUAUCGGUUCAUUUGGACAGAAAGCAUUGACAGUGUUGGAUAUGACCAGCAGUAGAAUGGAAUCAUGGAGUAGGGAGGAAAAUAGACAAAGUCUUCUCAAUCACCAUAAACUUGGAGCAUCAUUGCCAGAUUGCAUCACUGAGCAAAUAUGCAAUUGUGCUGUUGAAAUGGCCAACAAACUUGGUGUGGAUGCCAUCUUUGUUUACACAAAACAUGGAUAUAUGGCAUCAUUACUAUCUCGCAACCGUCCAGAUCCUCCCAUCUUUGCUUUCACCGACGAUGAAAGUACUCGAAUGGCUCUGAAUUUGCAAUGGGGUGUUGUACCACUUCUUGUUGAUUUAUCAGAUGAUGCUGAAUCAAAUAUCUCAAAAUCUGUUCAGCUUAUGAAAUCUAAAGGAUUAAUCAACAAAGGAGAUGUUGUUCUAGUGGUCUCAGAUGUUGCUCCAACACGUUCAACUCCAAUGGCUCUCCAAUCAAUUCAGGUUAAGACUAUUAUCUAGAAUGCAUGGCUGCAAAAAUAUUGAAAGACACGUGUUUUUGUAUUUUGUUUGCUUGGAGGUAGGAUAUUGUUGUUGUUAUUUUAUUGUAUAAUUGUAUUCCUAGUUUGUUGUCCUUAUGUAAGAAUAUUACGACAAGUUUUAUGAAAUUAUUAUUAUUUUUAGAA